AAGUGUGAAAAGAGGUAUUUUACAUUCCCAAUAACCACAGACAUUCGCGUUCCUCUAGAAAAAAUACAUUCACAACCCUCGGUCAUGAGCAUGAAAGUCGGAUACUUUAUUGUUGAGCAGAUUGACUGCUCGUUAAACGGUGGGGUAAACUUAAAGUCAAACUUUAUUGGAAAAGGAGAAAGGGUCAAAUUGUUAUUUCAAUAUAACGGUGUGGGGAAGAUUACUGAGAAGGCUGAGGUUUUGGCUCCGCAUGAAAAGCAGAUUUGCAGAUUUGGUUGCGAACAGAUAAUCUUCGAAAUUGACGGAAAUCAUACAGAGUUUGAAAUUUUUGUGUACGAUGCCAGAAGACCAGGGUUGGAAGGAGAUCUCGGCAGUGCUAAAGUUAGCCUUAUUGAGUUGAGCGGAAAAGUGUCGUUGAGAGUUGGUACAACCAGAAAACAUACUGGAGAAAUAUCAUUUAAUCUCGUCUUAUUAUCACUGGAUGUUCCAAGUGAUAGUAUGGCGAGGAUUCGUGAUACGGAGUUAAUGAACGAUAAAAUUGGGAUGAUUCUCAUAGAGAAUGUUAAAGUUCGACUUCUUAACGGGAGGAAUGAGGGUUGGUUAAAACUGAAGUUAAACGACGAAUCACAUUCCACUAAAGCAUAUUGGUCCACCAAGAAUGGCGGUAAAGGCAAAGAAUUGAAAGUUGCAUUGCCCUUAAUUUGCACACAAAACCCCUCUUUGAAAGUUAUAGUUGAUUAUGGGGAUGGUAGGGGUAUCGCAAUUUUUUUCUUACUUCAAUUCGAAGAUAUCUGGAGCAGGAUGAUGAAUGGCGAAUUGUGUAGUGUUAAGGAUCAUACAAUACAUUCGGGUAAUGAGAUGUGUGCAAAAAUUAGUUUUGACAUAUCUUGUCACUGUCUUGUUACUGCUAGAAAAUUGUUUGAUCAACCCCUUACAGACUUUGACGGCCCUCCCAAUGUGGAACCUCCUUCCUUUGAAGAUGGUGAAAGUUCAGCUGGUGUUUCCCCCCCAGAGGGUUAUGAACCGUAUGAACCGUAUGAGCCUAGUGAGCCUAAUGAGCCUAACGAACCUCCCAUUACACCAAACUUUCCUAGUUACACAUCACCACAAUUUCAUACGAUUAGCCCCAGUAUAUCCAUGUCUUCUAUGAGAACUAGUAGAACUAGGAAUGAUACGCCUCGAAUCGUCUGUCAGAGAUUCGUGGUUGUAUCUGCCCAUCAGAGGUGCCGUAGUAUUACCACUGGUCCUUUACAGAAUAAAGUGAGUCGAGGAAAGCAUAUUUAUACUCCCGGAGAGUUCUUUAUUAAGGAAAUCACCAAUGAAACUUCAUUUCAUAAUGAAGUCAGAUGGUUAGAGAAACUUUACUCGAAAGCUAUAGUGAAGUUUGUAGACGUGGACCUUAAUAAACAAAUAAUUAUUACGAAAGAUCAUGGCCCUAGCUUGGACUCAGUACACAGGAAAUUAUGCCGGAAUAGAGAAGACAUUUUAAGCCUAGUAAAAGGCAUUUGUGAAGGCGUUAAAUUUAUUCAUGAUUAUGAUGUGGUGCACAUGGAUCUGUGUCCAGCAAAUAUCAUUUGUGGGGAGAGGACUGUUGGGAAUAGGAAGGAAAUAAAAGUUCGCAUCUGUGAUUUUGAACAUUCUCGGGCAUUAGGGAAUCCCAUUCAAUUAGCUCAAAAUUAUGGAAACCCCCCUCAGCAACAUCGACGCCCGUCCUAUAACGAUGAAGAUCCACGAAAUCAGAGUCAACAGCCAUUUACAAUUGGCUUUACUGCCCCCGAAUUGUUGGGGAUCACCCGCGGCAAUGUUGAUGAGCAAGUAUUACGACGGUAUGAAGAACUGAGUGCUGAUUUUAAUAUGGAUAUUUUUGCACUUGCAGGAAUACUUUACUUUUUGAUUACCAAGAGGUUAAUGUAUAAUGAUGUUAAUGAGUUGAAGAUAUUGUUGGAGGGGAAAUUUGCAAGAGUGAAACAGGAUAUCGCUAAUGAAGGCAUAGCAGGAUUGGUGCUAGAGAUGUCGAAAGAGAACCCUGAUGAUCGGUAUAAUAUUGAUGACGUAUUGCAAGAUUUGAGGGAAUUGAUGAAUGGACGUCGAAGAGGUAGAGAUAGGAGCUAUUCGGACGAUGAUUGA